AUGUCGAAGCGGAGCAGCAGCGCAGUUACGAACGGUAAUCCGAUUAAGGAUGCCACCAACAGUUUCGCCGAGCCCGCCCACGACAAGCAGAAGCUUCUUCUCUCCGCCGAUACUGGCCACUUUUCCUUGAUCCGCGCUCUCCAUCUCGCCGAUGCGAUUACUCUCUGCAAUGGAGCCUGUGGUGUCAUGUCGAUCUUCACCUCUCUUCGCUAUUGCCUUGGCGACCCUUCGUCCUACAGCACGUUGUACCUCGCCCUCUUCUUCCUGCCGUUUGGCCUGUUUUUCGACUUCAUGGAUGGCAAAGUUGCGCGAUGGAGAAAGAAGAGCAGCAUGAUGGGCCAGGAGCUGGAUUCAUUGGCCGACUUGAUUUCUUUCGGCGUUGCCCCUGCCUCUGUGGCAUUCGCCCUCGGCCUGCGUACCCCCAUCGACCACGUGUGCCUGACCUUCUUCGUUCUGUGCGGUCUCACUCGCCUCGCCCGCUUCAACGUUACGGUCUCGGCUCUUCCCAAGGAUGCUACUGGCAAAAGCAAAUACUUUGAGGGAACCCCGAUUCCCACUAGCCUUGGUCUCGAUGCCGUCAUGGCUUACUUCAUCUCCCAGCGGUGGAUUCUUCAGGACCUUCCUCUGGGAACAUGGCUCACGGGCUCCGCCUUGGAGUUCCACCCUAUUGCUCUUGUCUUUGUGGUGCACGGAUGCCUUAUGACCAGCAAAAGCAUCCAUAUUCCUAAGCCUUGA